GCCCAUGUCUGCAGACGACUGGAGCACGCUUCUCACGUCGCAUCCUAUCUUUUCGCCAUCCUCGACGCAAUCUCCAAAUGAAAUAUCAGCUAUGAGCAUGAGCAGCAUUGGGCGGCGUCAAGUCAUGAUUCUGAAGGACGGGGACUUGGUUGUGGCCGUUGGUUCCGAGAUUCGUCUGGCUUCUCUCGGUGCUACGAAGCCUGCGGGAUCAAAAGGAUAUAAGUGGAAAGUUACUCGCAGUUGCGGGAAAGCACCAAGUUGGUGUGAUAGUUCUACCUCGCUCGGCUACUCUCGUCUGGUACCCGACACCAUCGACUCCAAGUCUCUCCAAGUCGGACAGUUCUAUCACGCAGCCAAAAACUCCGCCCAGAUAGCCAAAAUUCAAUGGCACCCAUGGGGGGACUCUGGCUCUACGCUUAUGGUCAUGACAGAGGAUGGGAAACUGAGAGAAUACGAUAUCUCAGUAGACGCCGAAGAACCGCAACAAGUUCUGUCUUUCGUGCCCGAGCGCCGUGCUGGCUCGUACCUCGCGGAGGACGCCUCGGAACGCGAAGUGGCUUCGUUUUGUUUGGGCCAAGGACGCGCCGAUUGGGGGCCUCUCACUGUGUACGCGGUCAUGAAAUCCGGAGAUGUGUACUCGAUAUGUCCUUAUAUGCCCAAAAACGCGUCGAUUCCCUCUUCCUACGUGCACUCGCUGGAAUGUUUCAUCUCUGCGAAGCAAGAGUUCUUGUCCCAAUCAAGCAGCACCUCGACCACUCAUAACCUUUCGACGCUGUACGACUAUCAGCACAAGUACGUGACAGCGCUACUCAAGCAACUGCCCCCAGGCACUGUUUUCCCUUCAACAUCGCGCUCGGUAUCCGUGCAUCCGCCGACGACAAUCAAAGCACGGCCGGCACGCCAAGGGCCUUUCCUUCUCCAGCCAUCCCCACGGACUAUUGCCGGCAGCGAAGGCGGGGACGCGACCGAUAUGGCCUAUCUGGCAUUUGGCUCAGACGACGCAGAGGAUGAGACUGAGGGCGGAGAAACGGAGCAUCUCGGUGUUGUCCUGAUCGGCUUCCAGGACGGCAAGGUGGACCUUUGUUUGGAUGUGGAGAAAGUGGAAGCCCGAUGGGAUGCAGGGGGGUCCAAACGAGAUCAAGGUCUUCCCAUACUGGCUGUCUACGAGACGAUCGAUCUUGGGACCGUGGAGCUUCUCCAAGGCCAGUUGGACUUGAUCUCAGCCAAUCACCUUGUGUUCUUCCCUGACCCAAUCAUGACGAUACCCUGGGACUUUGGUCACGCCGAUCUUGACGACGUUUUCUGUGGAACGCAAGUGUUCGAAUCCGGUCAUAGCAGUGGUGGUCCCGAACGAUGUGUAUCUGACGUACAGCAUCCUCAUCUUGACCUCCGCCAUGCGCAUCACCACCUUCCCUCUCAAUUUGCGCUCCGAGACACAGCCGCUGGCCUCGGGCUCCAAAACGCUUCCCGACCCGUACCCAAAGAGGAACCGUCCAGCAGCAAGUGGCUAAUACCUCGCGAUGGCCCAAAGUCAUACGUGUCGUUGCUGGGCGAUGAGCCCUAUUCCCCCGGACUGUCUGUCGCGCGCGGGGUCCGGGCUGCCCGUGAGUGCCCGACUCUCGCUGCCUCCGAAAAGCGGCGGGCCGGAUUUCAUGCUGACCCCCGACGUGCUGCGUUUCCUGGGCACGACCGUCGCGGCGCUGAGCUCGCAGAUGCAGACUGUGCAGCUGGCGCACCGGGCGGCGGAGCAGCGCGCGGCGCUGCAAGUGGCAGAGCAGACGCGGCUGGUGCAGAAGUGCGCGGAGAUGGAGAAGACGGUGUCUGCGCUGCGAGAGACCCGCAGAGUCCAACGGACGAACGGUUCGCUCGCAUCAGGGAGGAGCAGCAGCAACUGCACACGCGGCUUGAACGCAUGCUCCGCGGGCUGAUGAGCCAGGCAUCCCCCGACCUGAGCGAGCACGAGACAAAGUGGUUCGCUGAGCUCAAGCGGAUGAAAAGCGAAGUUGAGGGCGCAGGCAAGUACGAUGAAAGAUCGCUCGUGUCCCGAUCCAGAAUGCUUGAACGAGAAUACGAACGACUGAUGCCAAAUCUCAAAGCACUCAUUGAGAAGGAAAAGGCGCGCAACCGAUCCGCGCCGCAGCUGGGUGUCUCACAAGCAUUCGAGUUUGGAGCUCGUUCAAACAUCGAGCGAGCCCGAAUAUCCAAGGUGGAAGACGAGCUCGUCAAACUUGCUGCGAAGCUGGAUAUUUCAUGA